AUGGCGGUACGCACGCUGGCGGUGACUGCGGCGACAGCGGUGACCGGGGGUGGGGAAGGCAGUGGCCAAGUAUCGCGGCUCUGGGCUCGGGUUACCGGUUAGAGGCGGAGUCGUCCGCCCGGAGCAGCCCGUGGGAGGAGUCAGGUGUGAAUUUGGAAUCCUUUGGAUUCAGCACCGUGAUUCCUCCAAUCAUGGGUUUGUCUGCAUCUACUCCUGCUGUUGCAGUUCAGACCUCAAAUACUUCAGAUCAUCACACAGCAUCCCCACCUUCAGGAUGUCCAAUGCAUGAAAGGAAAAUGAGAGGCUGUCCAUUGAGUGCAAAACCCUCAGACUCAACCUGUGAGAGCAGAGGAAACUCUGUGCCUGCCCACCAGGAACGCGCAUAUGAGUAUGUGGAGUGUCCCGUUAAGGCCACCACAUCUAAGAAUAAGGAGAACCUAAAUCCUUCAAAUCUGAUGCCACCACCCAAUCAGAUGCCAGCUCCUGGUCAGCCAUUUGCACUGUCUACUGUCAGAGAGGAGUCCUCCAUUCCAAGAGCAGACUCGGAGAAAAAGUGGGUUUAUCCUUCCGAGCAGAUGUUUUGGAAUGCAAUGUUAAAGAAAGGGUGGAAGUGGAAAGAGGAGGAUAUUAGUCAGAAAGAUAUGUAUAAUAUUAUUAGAAUUCACAAUCAGAAUAACGAGCAGGCCUGGAAGGAGAUUUUGAAGUGGGAAGCCCUUCAUGCUGCGGAAUGUCCUUGUGGUCCAUCAUUGAUCCGGUUUGGAGGUAAAGCUAAAGAGUAUUCACCAAGGGCAAGAAUUCGUUCCUGGAUGGGGUACGAAUUACCUUUUGACAGACAUGAUUGGAUUGUCAACCGAUGUGGGACAGAAGUUAGAUACAUAAUUGAUUACUAUGAUGGUGGCGAAGUGAACAAGGACUAUCAGUUCACAAUCUUGGAUGUCCGUCCCGCGUUCGAUUCUCUUUCAGCAGUGUGGGACAGAAUGAAGGUCGCUUGGUGGCGCUGGACUUCAUAACCACUGUUUUAUUUGAGAUAGAAGGAUAUACACUAUUUUUUUCCUGAGAGAUAUUAAACUAUUUCCCCCAAACUGAAUUGCAUUCAUGAUGUAAUGGGAACUUCAAGUUGGUAAUCCCACUUGUUUACUUCACAUAAGGAAGGGUCCCAUACGCUGUUCUCUUUUGAACCACAUUUUCCCUUGCAGUGGAGAGCAGAUUAUGUUGUUUUCUUUCCACUUAGCUUAAAUAAUGGUCCUUUAAUUUUUCCUUUUAACUGCAUUGUUGCCUGUGUAGUUAAUUUAGAAAAGUCUAAACGGCCUCUGAAAACAAACUUUGUUUUAAAAUGUGAAGAAAGCUGCCCUUUUUUUCCUUACUGUUUUCUCAUGAAUACUUGAUAUGAAAAAACUGAAAGCCAACUUGAUGCUCAGCUUUUACCCAGUAAAAUAUUUUAACUAAAACUGUUCAUUACAAAAAAGAAGUAGUUAUGCUUUUCAAAAAGUUACUAGUAUUUCUAAGGUCCCUAUAAUAUAGUAGUGACCCUUGACUGUAACACAAAGGUAUACACUGGUAAUGUAUUCAGAAAAACCAAGGUGUGUCUUAGAGCUCCAAAUUCCCAUUUAUAUGAAUUUUCCAGACUGGACCUUGUUAAAGAGAACAGUUUGAACUACACCAUGAUUUAAUGGUAUUCAUCCUUUGGAAUAAGUAUUUAAAAUUUAAAAAUAUUUCCUGCUGCUGUUGCUCUAAUACAUUACUCUGCUCCAAACAAUCGGGUCUCCUCAUGGUCCCCUGGCAUUUAUCAGGCUAUCUCAGCUUUUAAGUCUGGUCCCUUCUGCAGGCCAGCCUAAUUCCAAACCUUGAAAGCCUGGCUCAAGUCACAAUGCCAGCAGUGGUCCAUGCUCUAACAUUUCAUUAUAUUUUGUUGAGUGUUAAAAUUCACAAUAAGAGUGGUUUUUUUUUCAGAUGUUGAAUGUCUGAAUUAACUCAGUCUGUUUGUUUGUUCAUUUUUACGGGAGCUCUAAGUUUGCCACUGAAAUUCUUUUGGACCAGUAAUCCAUAAACUGGUUAUUCUAAUACUGGUAGUGUUACAAAUGACUUUUUUUUUUAAGUGUUAUUAAUGUUAAAUCCUUAAUUUAUUCUAAAUACUGUAGUGUUAAAUUAGUGCAUGGAAUUUGAUGUACAUGAAUGAUUCAUUUGGUACGGAUUUCUUUGUUUUGCCAGUUUUGUCGUGUGGAGUUUUAAAAAUCCAACAACCUUAAACUCUUCUACAUUGCAAAAUAUUUGUGUAUUUUUAAAUAAAGCUGAGUUAACAGGUUUUGAAAAA